AUGGCACCUCGAUAUGCCGUGUCCGAGUCUGACGACGAUUCCGACUCGAAUCAACUAGCGGCAGCUUCAAAACCUUCCGAUGAAGCUCUCGAAAAAGCGCUACGCGACGCGGUCGCCAAGAUCUACCGGUCUGCAAAAAUGGAGGAAUUGACUGUCAAGAGAGUGCGAUUGGCGGCAGAGAGGGCACUUGGGUUAGAGGAAGGGUUCUUCAAGGGGGAUAGUGCGUGGAAAUCGAAAAGUGAUCUGAUCAUCAAGGACGAAGUGGAGGUGCAAAACAGGCUCGCGCAAGAACCGGCACAGGAGGAAGACGAAGAAGAAGAUAUUCCCUUGUCUCCUGAAAAGACCGCGAAACCUUCCAAACGCGCAAAACCUACAAGUACCCCUACGUCAAGGAAACGCAAAAAGAAGGAAACUCCAGAGCCGAAGGUCUCAGACGACGAGCAAACCGGAGCGCCCAGCGACAGCGAGGACGAGGUCAAGGACCGUACCGGAAGACAGUCAAAAACCAAAUCAGAACGCGCCGACUCGGCUGAUGCAGCCGAGGAAGCUGCCGAUACUGAGAAGGCCGAUUCGGAAAGUGAAAUGUCGGUUGUCCUCGAUGAGGAACCCAAACCCAGCCGCAAACGAGGGAGAAGCUCAGAGAGCACGUCGGCGAAAGGGAAAAAGAAGGCCCCUGCCAAACCAAAGGAGGCUGGUCUUGAUCCCAACGAAGCCGAAAUCAAGCGGUUGCAAGGAUGGCUGGUCAAAUGUGGAAUCCGCAAGGUGUGGUCUCGAGAGCUGGCUCCGUUUGAUACACCGAAAGCGAAAAUUAAGCAUCUCAAGGACAUGCUGAAGGAUGCGGGAAUGGACGGGCGCUACUCACUAGAGAAGGCCAAACAAAUCAAAGAGAAACGAGAGUUUGAAGCAGACCUCGCCAUGAUCAAAGAGGGUGAAAGGCACUGGGGCCGGGGGAGUGUGGAGGAGGAAAGUGACAGCAAUCUACCUCGACGGAGACUCAAUCGCGGUAGACAAACUCUGGCCUUCUUGGAAAGCGAAGGGGAAGAGACCGAUUGA